CAUAACCGGAACUAUUGUUACUGCAACCAAACGGAAAAGUUUGCAUGCGGACUUGUCCGUUCAGCUAAUGUGUCCGGCACUGUCGUAGGUCACCUGUGGUGUUUUUUUUUACACAACCUCAUGAGUAUUUUAACUCUGAAAUGGACGACGACGCCCCAGAUGAGGCGUUUGCUGAGCUGAAAACAAGGGAAGUCAGUGGCUGGGAAGUUGCUCAAAUUGCUGCUGCUACUGGCCUGGCUGUUUAUGCCAUGUGGGCAGGAAUCCUCCAGCCAGGUUUCCGAAAAGUCCCAUUGAGGUUACAGGUACCGUACAUACCUGCCAGUGAAGCCCAAGUGCGCAAUGUGAUGACAUUGCUAAAAGCCCGAAAGGGAGGCCUCGUGGAUUUAGGAUCUGGUGAUGGCCGCAUAGUUUUGGAGGCCUAUCGACAAGGCUUCACUCCUGCUGUUGGCUAUGAACUCAACCCAUGGCUUAUUCGAUUUUCCCGUUUCCAUGCAUGGAGAGCAGGUCAUCACGACAAAGUGUCUUACCGAAGAGAAGACCUUUGGAAGGUGGACUUGACGGAAUGCAAGAAUAUUACUGUUUUUUUAGCGCCGAGUGUGCUUUCACUACUGCAGGAGAAGAUGGAGGCCGAACUUCCUGAUGAUGCAUUAGUGGUAGCUGGCCGUUUCCCCAUCCCUGAUUGGACGCCGUGCAGAACCGAGGGACACGGGGUGGACAGAGCCUGGGCGUACAGCAUGAAAGCCCAAAGACAGCUCACUCCAAAUAAAGAUAAGAAGUUCACAGGCACGGAUGGACAUGUUAGCAAUGAAUAGAAGCAACCACUUGAUGGAUCAUAUGGGCUUCCCUUCAAAAAUGGACACAUUUAGUGUAUUUUCUGAACACAAUUUUUAUUCUAUCUAUACAGUAUAUCAGUAUUGUAAUUAUUAUUUAUUGACUGGUGAAAUGCAUUAUGUGCAAAUCCAAAGUAGUAUUGUGUGAUGUGUUUAUGUAAAGCAAGCUGGUCUCGGAUAGUUUUAGGCAUUUUGUUUUGAAAAAAUAAAUUAUUUUGCCUUAUGAAAAAAGGGCCUUUUUGGUCUCAUACCUUCACACAGUUGUCUAUAAUGAUACUAAAUGGCAGCCUCCUAAAAUGUAUAUUUUUGUUAUUUUAAAUGAUUCAAUCUUUUCAAAGUACUUGUACUUCAGCCUGACAUACAUUUUAAAUAUGAAGUAUAUUUUGUGGGUUUUAACCCUUGAAAAGCCAGUAUGCUUACAUCGUUCCAUAGUUUUUAUUGAGAAAAAACAUGUCCAUGAAAGUAAGGUAUUGUAUUUGUUAACUAUAGUAUAAUCAGGCAACAUUGAUUUCCAAACAUUCUCUCCAGAGCAAGUUUUGGUUUUGUCGCAUGCUUUACAAAAGAAAAAGUAGCGCUAUCUGAUAAACAGAAAUAAACUUUGGAGCCCAAAUAAUUGCAUUUGUUUAUAGUCAGAUAUGGGUUCAAAAAUACAUAUUCAAUAGGAUAUAUUUUGCUCCUCUUGUGUUGUCAGUUUUUGAGGAGCUUUGCCAUUUUAGGCUAUUUUUAACUAACUAAUAAAAAAAACAAAUUCCUCAGACAAUUUAUAUCCAUUCAACAAAGCGUAGACUUGUGUAUAAUCUCAGAAUGGUUGAUUUUAUGACUAUUCAGCACUGUCCAAAGUGGGGCCCGCAGUUAAUGUUUUUACCAUUUUAAAAAAUACUAUCACAAAAAAAACGUGGAAAAAUUGGAAAUAAAGGGUGUAAAGUAACAAGAAAAUUUUGUAAUGGUGACACUAAUAACACAAAGAUGCCAUGCAGGCAGGUUUUUACUUUAAAACUGUCAUUGCUCAAACAAUAAGGAAAAUUAAAAAUCGAUGGAUAGAUCUCAAGAUGAUUUAAGUGUUAAUGGUAAAAAAUAAUAUAUAUUGAUAUAUGACUUAUUUUUAAGACUUUGAUGGAUCACUGAGACCUUAAGUCAGAUUGUUUAUCAUUGUUUAAAAAAAAAAAGUGAAUCAAAAUCAAUGUUGGUUUGACUUAUUUACAUUUUUAAGGCUCCAAUUUCUUAUCAAAUGUUCAUCCAUCCAUCCAUUUUUUACCGCUUGUCCCAAUUUUGAAAAAUAUUACAGGGAAAUAUUUUUCUAUUAAAAUGGGUUUCUUCGGGGCAAAAGGUAACCUGAGAGUCAAGUUAGGCAAAAGGGGCAUAAAACAAAAAAAACAGUGUGGCGAAGUUGGGAGAGUGGCCGUGCCAGCAAUCUGAGGGUUACUGAUUCAAUCCACUUCUACCACCCUAGUCACGUUCGUUGUGUCCUUGAACGAGACCCUUCACCCUUGCUCCUGAUGGGCCUGGUUAGCGCCGUGCAUGACAGCUCCUGCCAUCAGUGUGUGAAAGUGGAAAUAGUGUCAAAGUGCUUUGAGUUCCUUAAAAAAGGUAGAAAAGCGCUAAACACGUACAACCCAUUUACCAUUUGUUUUAAAAAAAAAAGUGAAUCAAAAGCAAUGUUGGUUAUUUACAUUUUUAAGGCUCCAAUUACUUAUUAUCAAAUGUUCAUCCAUCCAUCCAUUUUCUACCGCUUGUCCCAAUUUUGAAAAAUAUUAUAGGAAAAUAUUUUUCUAUUAAAAUGGGUUUCUUCGGGGCAAAAGGUAACCUGAGAGUCAAGUUAGGGCAAAAAAAAUGUUUAUGGCAACGGAUAUAUUUGAAGUUGAUCAUUAUAUAUUGAAAUGUUAAAUAUGACUUGUUUUUAACAC